CGUACGCGCCACGCGUCAGCGCCGCUGACCAGGCCACGCCGACGCGCUACCGAGCUCAGAGAUCGUUACUGUGUUACGGAAAUCGCACGCGCUGACGGGGACAGUCAACGCAACAAUGAAUCGCGAUAUUGAUACUGGUCGUGUGAUUGAAGAAGUUCGGCUGCGAAAAUGUUUAUGGGACGCCAGUGACAUAUUCUAUAAAAAUAAAAACGCCCGAUUGAAGGCCUGGAACGACAUCGUAAUCGCACUGUUUGAGGAUGUGCAGGAAAAUGAAAAAAACAAUUUGGAAAAACUAAUCCAGCAAAGAUGGAAGACUGCUCGGGAUGCAUUUUUUAGAUGCAAAGGUUCUAUGAGAAACACUCCUUCAGGUAGUUCUGCGAAAAAGAUGAAGAAAUAUGUAUACUAUGAUGACUUAUCCUUUUUGCAUCAAACGGGUGUUAAUAUAGUGAUUGAUUCAUUGUCAACUAACUCCGACAAUUCUUCUACUAUUAUUGAUACCGAAGACACCUCCAAUAUGUAUACAUUGGAGAACGCCGAACAGAGGCAACUGGAACAAGAACAGGGAUCGACGCAAAUGCCGCGCCCACCAAAAAAGAGGAAACGCCAACCCCUCCAAGAAAAUAGCAAUUUCGAAAAGGAACUGUUGACUUUGCUAAGAAACCAAACGCCAGAUAUUGACAACGAUGACCUGGCCUUUUUCUCAUCUUUGGGCCCGGUGCUAAAGAGCUUUGAUCUUGAACAAAAGUUGCAAUUUCGUUCUAGAGUGUUAGCAGUGGCAAUGGAUAUUCAAAAUAUCUACCCUAGAGCUAACAGUUCACCGACAAAUUACACAACGGAUAAUGAGGCUCAAGGUAAUGAUGGCACUCCGUCAACAUAUGAAGAAGAAUAUAAGCCACAGAUGUACCACAUUUAAAUUUGAUUAUAAUAAAA